GAACUUUCCCACAGACCUUCCUAUCAAGUCAUAUAUUCUCAUUUUAAUUUCUUCUCUUAUAUAUAUAUAUAUAUAUAAAUCAAUAAAUUAAAACUAUAGUCUUAAUUAACAUUCACACACAUUAUCACCUCUUCUUCUUCUUCUUCUUUCUUCUUCAAAUAGCAACAUAAUUAACCCCUCCAAAAAAAAGUCCAAAAAAAUGAGUAAUUAUUAUGGGAAAAACAAUAUAGUAGAGAGGGCAAUCAAUAGUUUAGGCAAAGGUUUUGAUUUAACCUGUGAUUUUAGAUUAAAGUAUUGUAAAGGUGAUGAAAAAAUAGUGUUAUUAAAUGAAGAAUUGAGAAAAGAAUUGAUGGUGCCUGGUUUUGGAAAAUUUGAAAAUGUAUCAACUGAUAUUAAAUGUGAUAAAGGUGAUAGAGUUAGAUUUCAAUCUGAUAUUCUUGAUUUUAAUCAGAUGUCUGAAUAUAUUAAUAGGAGAAGUUCAGUGGCAGGAAAAAUACCAUCAGGAUUAUUUAAUUCAAUGUUUGGAUUUGAAAGUGGUUCAUGGUCAAUUGAUGCAUCAAAUACAAAAUAUUUGGGACUUGAUGGUUAUUUCAUCAUAUUAUUUGAUGUUCAUAUUGAUAGAUAUUCACUUAUUUUAAAUGAUCAAGUUAUUAAUGAUGUUCCUUCUACUUGGGAUCCUGCUGCACUUGCAAGGUUUAUUGAGAAAUAUGGUACACAUAUAAUUGUGGGGCUAAGCAUAGGUGGACAAGAUGUGGUCCUAGUAAGGCAAGACAAAUUAUCAAACAUGGAACCAUCACAACUCAAGAACCAAUUGGAUGAACUUGGUGAUCAAUUAUUCAAUGGCAUGUGUAACUUUUCUCCACACCAAUGCAAGUCAAGAGAACAAAGGCAUCAGUCUCUGGAGGCAUUCAAUAUUUUUGAUCCACAACCAAAAGUCUUCCGCAGCUUCCCAUCAACUACAACAAAAAAUGGUGUUACUGUGAUAUGUUCAAAAAGAGGUGGAGAUUUAACAGCAAAUACACAUAGUGAAUGGCUUCUAACAGUGCCAUCAAUGCCAGAUGCUAUUGCUUUUAGCUUCAUUCCUAUUACUUCACUUCUCAAAGGUGUUCCUGGCAAAGGCUUUUUAUCACAUGCUAUCAACCUUUAUCUUAGAUACAAGCCACCUAUAGCAGAUUUGCAGUACUUUCUGGAUUUCCAAGCCCAUAAAAUUUGGGCCCCUAUUCACAAUGAUCUUCCAUUAGGCCCAACAACAAAUAGGUCCAUUAGACCUCCAUUUCUUAAUUUCAAUUUGAUGGGCCCAAAGUUAUAUGUAAACCCAACUCAGGUAAUUGUUGGAAAGACACCAGUAACUGGCAUAAGACUUUAUCUUGAAGGAGUGAAAUGUGACAGGCUGGCCAUACAUCUACAACACUUGGUAAACACACCAGUACUACUCCAAGACAAAAUAGAUGACCCGCUGACGUGGCGCGGGUCGGAAGACACACUGGAUGAUGGAUAUUUGGAAGCCAUCCAAUGGAAAAAAUUCUCCCACGUAUGCACGGCGCCGGUAAAAUACGAUCCGAAUUGGGCACCUUAUGAGAAUGGCUUUAGUUUUAUCGUAACAGGCGCUCAGCUUCACGUUAAAAAACACGAUACGAAGAGCGUACUACAUCUCAGGUUGUUAUAUUCUAAAGUUUCAAACUCAUGCAUCGUACAGUCUCAGUGGAUGCAAUGUGCCUCCGACAAUAGCACGAAAUCAUCCUCCAGUUUUUUAUCGACUAUUAGUGGUGCAUCCUCGAUACCCGGUUUUUUAUCCGAUAAACCGGUCGUCGUGGAUUCGGGCGUUUACCCAACCGGCCCACCGGUCCCCGUCCAAACACAAAAGCUACUAAAAUUUGUGGACACAACACAAUUGUGUAGAGGCCCAUUGGAUAAUCCGGGUCAUUGGUCCGUCACCGGGGCCAAAUUGGACCUGGAAAGAGGGAAAAUCUGUUUGCGCGUUAAAUUCUCCUUGUUGAAUAUAUGCUCUUAAUCCUCUAUCGUCUUCACUUUAUACUGCUUUUGACUUCAUUCACAAACCUGGAAGUCGAGAUCUAUAAUUCAGGGUAGAAAGGUUGUAAUUAAUUAUAUUUACAAAUUUACUUGUAUUAUGUAUAUAUCAUGGGUAAAAUAUAGAGCUUUGAGUUUUAUGGCAGAGUUAUUUAUUUA